ACGUGUUGUUUCGGAACCCCUUUAUUCAUCUGUUCUUGAGAGAAAACCUAAACCAGAUCCAGAUGCGGGUCUGACUCCGGCCCCCCUCCCCCAUCGAGCACGCGCCACCCCCUGCCGUCGAUCUCUUUGGCCGCCGAGCAAGCCCCUCCUCGCCGUCGGCCUCCCAGCUCGCGCCUCCCGCUCCUGCUCCGUUUGCGCCUCCCCGACCCCUGACGCCGACCUCCGCCGGUUGCGGCUGACGCCGUCGACAACUCCUCCCCAACUCUGCAGCCUUCAGCCUGCCGCAAGAAGAUCGAGAUAGGAGCCUGAAGUGGUCAGGACAGAACAGUUGGUUACUACUUUAAAGCUGAUGCAUACUUGGAACAAUGCUGCCUCAUAAGAUAGAGACUGGCCACCAAGAUGUGGUGCAUGACAUCGCAAUGGAUUACUACGGGAAGCGUAUUGCCACUGCCUCCUCUGAUAACACAAUCAAGAUCAUUGGCGUAAGUGGCACCUCGCACCAGCAACUUGCUACUUUGAGCGGACACGAGGGCCCAGUCUGGCAAAUCGCAUGGGCUCAUCCCAAGUAUGGUUCAAUGCUUGCAUCCUGCAGCUAUGAUGGUCGGGUCAUCAUAUGGAAAGAAGGGAGUAAGCCCGAUGAGUGGGCACAGGCACACACUUUCAAUGAGCACAAGUCUUCUGUCAAUUCCAUUGCUUGGGCGCCUCACGAGCUCGGCCUAUGCUUGGCUUGCGGUUCAUCUGAUGGGAACAUUUCUGUCUUCAUGGCUCGUUCUGAUGGAGGGUGGGAGACGACGCGCAUCGACCAGGCACAUCCAGUGGGCGUCACCUCUGUUUCCUGGGCCCCAUCAAUGGCGCCGGGUGCUCUAAUCAGUCCAGGGCCUUCUGGGCAGUUCGAGUAUGUUCAAAAACUUGCUUCUGGUGGCUGCGACAACACAGUGAAGGUGUGGAAGCUCACCAACGGGAGUUGGAGGAUGGACUGCUUCCCCGCCCUUCAGAUGCACAGGGACUGGGUGAGAGACGUCGCAUGGGCACCGAACCUAGGCCUCCCAAAGUCCACAAUCGCCAGCGCUUCUCAGGAUGGAACCGUCGUCAUCUGGACCGCACCGAAGGAAGGUGAGCAGUGGGAAGGCAGGGUCCUCAAUGAUUUCAGAACCCCUGUUUGGAGGCUGUCGUGGUCGCUGACGGGCAACAUCCUGGCGGUCUCCGAUGGCAACAACAAUGUGACCCUCUGGAAAGAAGCCGUUGACGGUGAAUGGCAGCAAGUGACUACCGUCGAGCCAUAGAUGUCCCGCGUUCUGCCUCUAGCUGCAUUAGUAAUUAUCAUCAGACCAAUGUAGUUUCACCAUCGAGUGGAUUUGAUUAUCAUACAACGUGUACGGUGCUGCAACUUAUGUGAUGGAAUUGUGUUUGUCACCCCCCUUGUUGAAGCGGGCGAUAUUUCUGUUA